AAAGCACCAUGGUAAUAAAAAAAAGUUGGUUUAUAACAGCUUCAUUGCUUUUAAUCAUUGCACCAGCUUUAAGGGCCGAAGCGCCAAUAUCAGGAAACUAUCUACCGCCAUCUACCAGUUACGGUACUCCAAAUCUUCAAAACAGUUUCGGAGGUGGUGGAUAUAGUAAUGGCGGUGGAGGUAGAGGUGGGCCUCCAUCUUCGUCGUACGGUGCACCAUCUUCGGGUAAUAGUUUUGGAGGAGGUCCCCCGUCAUCUUCUUAUGGGACACCAUCAUUAGGAAAUAAUUUUGGUGGAGGUGCCCCGUCGUCUUCUUAUGGUGCACCAUCUUCAGGCAAUAAUUUCGGAGGAGGUGCCCCGUCAUCCUCUUAUGGGACACCAUCUUCGGGUAAUAGUUUUGGUGGAGGUGCCCCCUCGUCUUCUUAUGGCGCACCAUCCUCAGGAAAUAAUUUCGGAGGUGGUGCCCCAUCAUCCUCUUAUGGCGCACCAUCCUCAGGUUUUGGAGGAGGGGCCCCGUCAUCCUCCUAUGGAGCACCAUCUUCCGGUAAUGGUUUUGGCGGAGGUGCCCCUUCGUCUUCAUACGGGGCACCAUCAUCGGGUAGUGGUUUCGGAGGAGGCGCUCCAUCAUCUUCUUAUGGGGCACCAUCAUCAGGCGGUGGACGUGCACCAUCUUCAAGUUAUGGAGCUCCAUCUUCCGGUGGUGGCUUUGGUGGUUUUGGAGGAGGAUCUUCCUCGUUUUCUCGUCCAUCGUCUAAUUACGGAGCACCAAGUAUUCCAUCUAAUAGCUACGGAGCUCCUAACGGUGGCAAUGGCAAUAGUAAUGGCUUUAGAGGAAAUAAUCCCUCAUCUUCAUAUGGUGCUCCAAGCAGACCAUCUUCAAACUAUGGAGCACCUUCGCAGGGUAGACCUCAAUCAGGAAAUUUCAAUAAUCGAGCUCCUUCGUCUAGUUACGGAGCUCCAUCUAAUUUUAAUGGUGGCAGUGGAGGCUUUGGAGGCAACGGUCCUUCUUCGAGCUAUAAUGCUCCUUCGCAAAGUAGACCCUCUUCCAGUUAUGGUGCUCCAUCUGGAGGUGGUAAUAGUAAUUUUGGGUCGAAUAACGGAUUUUCGUCAGGAUAUAGAGCACCAAACGGCGGAAACAGACCAUCUUCAAGUUACGGAGCUCCAAGUAGCGGAGGAGGACAAAGUUAUGCUAGCAAUGGAGGUUACCAGUAUUAAAUUCAAAUUUUUGAAAAAAAAGUAGAUGUUCAUACCAAGAGUUUCAUUAUGAAAUUCAAAAAUAACAUUUGCCAAAAAUUAUUGUUUAUU